AUGGCUGGGUCCCGAGAGGAUCCCGUCGAAUUGGGGAGCGACAUGGAUGAAGAUGAAGCGCUACGCUAUGCUAUUGCCCUUUCACUCCAGGAACGGGAGGAGCAGGGAGACCAGAGUUCGCAGAUCCCGAGCGCCUCAACCUCGACAUCCCACCGGAACGGGACUGGUUCGGGCGGGGCCUCCUUGGGUUUGCUCUCUCUUGAUCGCAAGAAGAUGGAAGAGGAAAGGUUGCAGAGGUUAGCCAAGCGGCGCCGCUCACCAGAGGACGAAAGAAGUGUUGACGAGGUCCCGCCGGCAAAGAGGAUGACACCAUCCGAACCUUCCAGGCCUGUAACCGCAACGGCAACGGCACAGAUGUUACCAAGCUUCGUUCCCUAUCCCAAAGGUGCUAUCAAAAGAACUUGGGCCAAAGGGUACCCGCGGACUUCCGAUGAUAUCAAGAUCGAAGAGGUGUUUCAGAAAGACAAGCUUGAGCUUGCCCUUCUAAGCUCGUAUCAGUGGGAUGAUGAAUGGCUCAUGUCCAAAAUUGACCCGAGAAAGACCAAGCUGUUGCUCCUGGCAUUCGCCGAUAGUGAAGCCCAGAUGGUCUUCCUGAUCGACCUCCCUCGUUUGAAGGACCCCGCGAAUUAUCGGCAAACUGCAUUCAGCACCGAGCUCGGCCGAUUCUUGUCAGCAGCUGGUGUUGGUGAGGGCAUGGUCAGCAGCCUCGCUAACUACGACUUCUCACAAACAGAGCACCUUGGCUUUGUGUACACCAUGUAA